CUCUCAUCCCCGACGUCGGAAUACGCGGUACAUAUUUUCGUAGACUCCGAGCCGCCGGAGGCACGCGCGGCAUUUUUCGCGGACUCCCGACCGCCGGAGGCAUGCGCGCGCUCCCUUGUCGAAGGACGCGGAAGGGGCAUGUCAUCCUCACCCUUCGUCAUCAUGAAUUGGUGGAUUUUUGCCAACCCCGAGCCUCAGGAGGCGAGCGCCGGCUCUAACGGCGAAGUUUGCGGAGGAGUUAGGGCACCUCCAGCCUUGAACGAGCUCAAAGAAAGGUGUUGUUCAUGUGCUGGACCCAAACCGCCGGAGGCAUGCGCGGGCGCCCUAGGUGAAGGAUACGAGAGGGGUGGGGCAUCCGUUACCCCCUCGUCAUGUAUCGCGCAGGCUCCCUCGGCGGAUGACGCGGAAGGGAUAUGUUGCCCCUACCCCUCGCGCGGGGUCAGAAAAAGGGUGCCGCGCUCCCAUGCGCGCAUGGCUUGGUGAUUUUUGCGGACCCCCAACCGCCGGAGGCAUGCACGCGCACCCGAGGUGAAGGAUGCGAAAGGGGUGGGGUACCCCUUACCCCUCACGGUGCGCUUGGCCGAGCCCAGGAGAGCGGCGGAACAGCUCCCUUCGUCGAAGGGAGCUCUUUGCUCAUCCCUUGACAAGGGUCACGGUGCGUCAACCAGCAAGGGUUUUGCAUGUCCUUACAAGCAAAGGGGCAGGUCUACACGUAUGAGUAGGAUGCGAUGCGGCGAGGUAAGUCAUUUAUGUGGUUCGUGAUGUAUCACUGACUGUCUAUUCGUUGAGAACGACACGAUACAACCCCUUCAGGCCGAC